GUCCCAAUGUGGUAUUCAAUAGAGCCUGAACUCUGGCAGGCUUCACACAUUGGAAGUUUUAAGGAAACAUUUUUUUUGGUUUUUGCUUUGCUACAAUGAAGAUCUAUCAAUUGUUGUUAGUUGUUAUUGUAAUCGCAUAUAGCUCGUCGGACGAAUUACCGUUAGAUGGCUCACACGGUACUGAUUUUUCGCUGGGAGAUCUAUUUCAAUCGGCUGGUGAUAUCGCAAGUGGACUCAUACAGGCAUUUGGCAAUCAAUUAAGUGCCGAUUAUUUUUUCAAUUUCGUUGGCAAUCUGGUUUUGGGAUUCCCAUUACAACUCGGGACGGUGGUGACGAGUACUAUAUGCUCAGCAGUUUUAGCGGAAGAUGGCAUUAAACCCAAUCCGGAAGAUAUACCAGACGUGGAAGACAUCUCCAUACAACUACGCACAGCUUGCAGUAUCAAAGAGUAUCCGCUGAAGCAAUUGCCGAACAUAAUCAACGAUCCAGAUUUUGAUAUUAACAAGAGAGUAGUGAUCGCUUCCUCUGGUUGGCUUACCAAUGCCAACAAGUCCGAUGAUGUGCUCGAAGCACUCGGCAAGGCUUUUAAUUGUCGUGGCGAUACAAAUUUCCUAGGUAUCGAUGUCGGUCGUUACAUACAAACACUCUACACAUGGUCUUCGUUGAAUACGAAAAGAAUUGGUGAGAUACUUGCAAUCGCCUUGGUGGAUUUAACAAAGACUGUACCAGUGGAAAACUUCCAUUUGAUGGGUCACAGUUUGGGUGCACAAAUCGUGGGUGAAACAGCGCGUCAGUACAAUCGUUUGACUGGUGAGAAAAUACCACGUGCCACGGGUUUCGAUCCAGCCGGUCCGUGUUUCAAUUAUGGUCAACGCUUGACCACGCUUUCGGCAAGUGAUGCGGAUUAUGUGGAUAUCAUACACACCAAUCCGGGUGUUGCGGGUCAAGCCAAUCCGACGGGUGAUGCUGAUUUCUUUGUUGGUGGUCGUUUUCCCGUCCAAAAUGGUUGCCUCGAUCCAGCUUGCUCACAUCAACGUUCCUGGCAGUAUUACGUGGAAUCUGUUUAUCCGGGUAAUGAAUAUGAUUUUCCUGCGAAACGUUGUGAUUCGUUGUUGCAUUUAUCACAAGGACGUUGUGUGGGCCCAGAAUUUCCUAUGGGAUAUGCAACGCCCAUGUAUUUGGAGGGUUUAUUUGUUGUGGAGGUUAAUGCUAGGGAGCCGUAUGGAAAGAACGCUUCCGCGAGUUACACUAGUCCUGAUUCGGAGUGUGGCGCGUGUCUAAAUUGAUUUUUUCAUUUUUCUCCACUUACAAUAUUAUCGCAUACAUAUCUAUAAACGCGUUUUAUUUAUUAUUUGUAUAUACGAUUAUAACCUUUAUAUAGUAUUACUUAUCCAGACCCAUAUUAUAAAAUGUUACUGCAUUGUU